CACCUGCUGGAAAUGAUCAUCCCGAGCUGGAGAGAGACUGGGACUGCUUUGAUAACAACAAACAUUUUGGCCGGCAAUCGAUCCAAGACUGGACUUUUGGACUUAAAAUGCCAACUGUGAAAGACAAGGCAAAAGAAUAUCCAACUGUGAAGGAUCUGCAGAAGGUUUUGGAUGCUUGUAAGCUACACCUCCACCAAAUUGAUGAAGUAUGGCCAAAUAUAUACAUAGGAAAUGUGGCAGUAGCCCAAAACAAGGCUGUCCUGCUGAAUUUAGGCAUAACUCAUGUGUUAAAUGCUGCUCACUCCAAGCAAGGCAGCCCAGGGAACCAAAGCUUUUAUGGCAACGACUUUGUGUAUUUUGGCAUUCCAGCAGAUGACUCUACUCACUUUGAUCUGGACGUUUACUUCCAGCCCGCUGCGGAUUUCAUUCAUAAAGCUCUGAAGUCACCUGGUGGGAAGGUUUUGGUGCACUGCAUCAUGGGAAUGAGCCGCUCGUCGACUUUGGUGCUAGCCUACCUCAUGAUCUAUCGUCACCUCCCGCUCAAACAGGCCCUGCAGAAAGUGGUCCAGAAAAGGGCCAUCUAUCCCAACAGGAAUUUCCUGGCUUUGCUGCUGGAUCUAGAUCUUCAGCUGACAAGGAAAAAGAAAACCUGUCAGAUAUUGUAGACUUUUUUAGCCUGACUGCGUUUUAGUUAUGCGUCAAGACGUCCGGCAGUCUGUUGAUCCAGCAGUCUGGACUGUGAGUUUUCUUCAGAAAAAAAUGUUUUUGGCUCGGCAGGUCACAGAUUUUUGGAGAUAUUCAGGUGACAGUAUGUUAGCAUUUUAAGCUGUGAGAAUCUGUGUAGACGUUUGUGCUUCCAAAAAUCUCAUUCAUCAGACUAUUGUCUUCCAGACCCACACUUAACUUUUUGACCUUUGUUAAUCAAUGACUCAAGAAUUCAGAUGCUUCCAAAAAUCUAAAUUUCACUAAAUUUCACUCUCUGUAAUAGACCUGCAGAGCGAUAGUACAAUAUCAGUACAGCUGUACUUGUAAGGGGGUGGGACAUUUUGUGCCUUUACCCUUUACUCAGCAAUUUACUUCUCAUGUUGUGAAGUAUUUUCAUGAAUUAUUGAGAUAAAUGGUCUGAAAAAUACUGGUCCAAAUGUUUUGAGGGUGAGUACACAGUUUUGUUCAACCAAAACUACAAAGGUGCAAAAUAACAAAUGCCCAUCUUUGGAUGUUUAAGGGUUUUCUACCUCUCUUUUUUUUGAAGUUUUUCAUGUGCUGUCUUGUAAUUUUGAAGUUUUUACAACUGUGUGUGCUUUUUUGUCAAAUAUGAAGUUUUUGAUGAACUUUUGAGCAGAUUUGUUUUGUUCAGUUUCAGCAACAAGUUUUGA